GGGAUAUGCAAGCAUGAGCUUUUAUUACCAAAAAUAAGCUUAAGAGAACAAAAGCAGCACUGCACUCAGCACCAAACAGGAAAUGAGAGUGGGAAUGAAAAUGGAAGCAACCAGAAACCAAAUAAGGAGCCGUGGCACAAAAUUAAGGCAAGACACAGGUGAGCGUGUAAACGGGGCAAGAUAAUUGGUUAUCAUUAGACAUUUGGGAAACACAAAAAACCCAGCAGUUACUGAGCUUACAGAUUUAAGAAAUCCAUUUUUUGACUUUCAUAGUCAUGGGCUUAUGAAUGGGUUAGAAAGCACAGAGAGACCCCUGUCAUAGGCAUUUAGGUCCAUUCAGGUAUUUGGACAUUGACACAAUUGUCAUACUUUUGGCUCUCUAUGCCAACAUAGUGGAUUUGAAAUGAAAGAAUCAAGACGUGACUGAAUUGUAAUGUAGACUUUCAUCUUCAAUUCAAGGGGUUUACCCAAAUGUCGUCUGAGUCAUUUAGGAAUUGCAGUCUUUUCCUAUACACCCCCCCUUUUCAGGAGCUCAAAAGCAGCUGACUUCGGUUCCUACUUGUGUGUUGGUAUUUUUAAUUUUCUUAUUUCUACCUUUUGCCUUCAGCAGGUGAAAUGCAUAUUCAUUUAGGUGGAGUUCAGGAGACUGACUCGGCUAUUGAAGAAUACUACUCUUUCCCUUCAAAGUCUCUUGGGUUGCUUUUGCAAGUAUGUUUUGGGUCAUGACUAUGACAAUGAGUAACACACUCUUAUCAGUCUUGCAGCAUUUAGCUGUGUCUGGGCAGAAAAUACGGCCUUAUACACUUCAAAAUCUCUCCUGCUGCUUCUAUCAACAGUCACAUCACCAAUAAACACCAUUGACCCAGUUUCAUUGGCAGUGAUGUAUGUUCAUGCCAAGGCUGCCUCCGUCAUGUCUCACAGAUGGUGUGGUACGCUUCUGAUCCUGAGCCGCUCCUUUCCUUCUCCAUAAUCUUCUCUUUCCAUCUUUCCAUGUUCACUCAUCACUGAACAACCACUACUUUUAAGUUAACCAAAGUGAAUAGGCAAUAUAUAUAUGUGUAUGUAUUUUUUGAGCUUGUUAAAGCCAUCAUUUACCAGAAUAUGGACUCACUUUCCUUUAUGAUGAAUCCUUCAUGUACAACUACAUGCCGUUUGAAGUCAUUCAUGCUAACAGGCAGCACCUACUCCGCUAGAGGUUCAGUGAAGUAAGGAGAUACAGGGAUUCUACACUGAGAAAGACAAAGGAAGCAGCUGAGCAUGAGCAUUGGAUCUGCUGAAUAACAUGGAUAUUGGCAGAGAUUAAAUGCCCAGAGGUGACGCAAGAUAGCACCUUGACGAGCUGGGACUUGUCAGUGUCAGUGGUGGCGGACUGGGCACAUGCAGGGGAUCACAGAAAGGUAAGGGGCUUUUUGAACUAAGUAUGAGCUCAUGGCUGGCGGUUAUAGCAGGGCUGCAGAAAGCGUUUGAACUGUUAGAGCGAGACACAGCCUCCUUGCAACCUGCGAUUCCUCAUUUCUGUUCUAGUGCAGACUUAUGACUUUGACCGCAAACAUAGUCUCUUGAAACUUGGAAGGAAACAAGUUGAAAUAAAAUUUACCUUUGCAUUUGGGUCAAUAAUUUUUUUUGUAAUGACACUUCACAUGGAAUUUGGUAUGAGCUGUACCUACUGAAUUAAGUCACACUUUAUGCUAAACAUGUGGGAGUUUAUCAGAAAUGAAGAAUCAAACUUGGAAUGAAACUGGCACAGCUACGAACAGUAUUUGUUUAAGACAGAGAUGAUGACUGCCUUACAUAAAAGGUAUAAGACGAGACAUCAAAUGGCUUUGAUAGGCAACGUAAGGAACCAGCGUAUGUACUCAUACACUGAUUUUUAAGUUAUAUUAUAGGAUGAGUUUAAGAGACUUAAAUUAAGAUUUUUGGGGAAAUGGGUAUGUCUGUGGUUUCAAAGUUUAAUUCCUGUUUCUUAUAUAUUUCCUAGUCCUAAUUACUGAUACUUUUUACAUGUUGUAAAACAUUUUCACAUGCACUUUUUCAGCUUUUCUCUGCUUACCUGAUUUAUCAGACCCAGUCACAGCAAGAAUAUUAAUAAGACCAUAUCAGUGGGAGUUAUGUUAAAACACUGUAUUUGGGCAGACUUUGUUUACUAUUGAAACUGGAGUGAAGACAAUAGGGUAGAUUUUCUCCAUGAGACUUUGACGAACAUUUAGUGCAGAAAAAGAACAUGUGUGUGCCAGUAUACCAGCCCUUGGGGAUCAUUGCUGAUUACCAGUAACCAGUAGCCCUAAGACAGGGAAGCUCUCGUUUCUAGUAUUCUAAAAAAGGGGAGGUCUUUGAGAUACCACUAACUGCAAAAUUGGGAAGGACACCGAUAUAGUCUGAAACAGGGAAGGUUUUAAAGGUUAAACAUCAUUCUGAAACAGGGACAGAUUGGUUACCUAGAAUACAAAAAGGAUUCGUUGACAUAUUACACUAAGUAAUAAUGGUUUUGUCAUAUAACACUGGUCAAAGUCCUUCAGUCAACACAGGAGCCUGUUGGUAUCCAUCCAUCCACCCAUUUUCCAAACGGCUUAUCCUACUGGGUCGCGGGGGGUCUGAAGCCUAUCCCGGAAGCAAUGGGCAUGAGGCAGGGAACAACCCAGGAUGGGGGGCCAGCCCAUCGCAGGGCACACUCACACACCGUUCACGCAUACAUGCACACCUACGGGCAAUUUAGCAAGUCCAAUUAGCCUCAGCAUGUUUUUGGACUGUAGGAGGAAGCUGGAGUACCCGGAGGAAACCCCACGACGACAUGGGGAGAACAUGCAAACUCCACACACAUGUGACCCGGGCGGAGACUCGAACCCAGGUCCCAGAGGUGUGAGGCAACAGUGCUAACCACUGCACCACCAUGCCACCCCCCCUGCUGGUAUCAUGAAAGCUAUUUCAGUGGUUGGACACACAGCAGUAGCAUGAGACAAACUAUCAGUCACACACAGCGCUAGCCUGAGACAGACUAUCAGUCACACACAGCGCUAGCGUAAGACAGACUAUCACUCACACACAGUGCUCAAAGGUCUGAUUUACAGACAACUCGUACUUAUAGAUUUCCAUAAAACUUAUUAUAUCAAAGAUUUGGCUGCGUAAUCAUGAAAACAUUGCACGGCUUCAGCUGUUUGCUGGCUUGAGGUAGAGUAUACUGCUAUAUGUAGUUUUAUUUUUACUGUAUUAUUAUUGUUGUUAUUACCUACAAAUUUAACUUACAGACAGGCUUAGGGAUUGGAUCUCCAGCCUGCAGUGUCCCAGGGCAAGAUCCACACACAUACCCAUUUACAGCUAAAGAAAGUCACAUGUCAGUCACCUCUCUUUUAUCCACUCACUCUGCAUCCAACAUCAAUACAAAUGAAAUGAACACCACUGUCAUACAGCUCAUUUAGCCAGAGAUUGUAGCAGCAGGAAUAAUGGAGGACGUGGGGUGUGAAAGUGGGAUUACCUAAGUGUACCAUUCUUCUCUGGUGAUCACAGUGGUCCAUAUCAUCACCAAGAUCUUUUGCCUCUCCCUCAUUGUGAAGGAGAACCUCCUUUGAAAUAAGAACCUUGCCUUUGUUUAAUGCGGAAAAGCACAGAAGACGGGAAUGUGGGAGGUCAGUGGUGGAAACACUGCAUCUGGGAUGUGGAGGGGAAAUGUUACAGUGCGUUGUUACCUGGCAAAUUAGAGCAUGUGUCUUUGAUGAACUCUUUGCAUUAUGAAAGAAUGGUACUCCUGGUAGUACAGGGGGGCAGUAAGACUGGGGGGUGCGCUCAGGGGACACUGUUUAGGUAAUUGCCAUUUCCAUUAAGUUUGCUGUUCUGUGGAAAAUUAGGCAGCUUCCUCUGUGUUUAAGGCUAACUGUAUGGACUAUAUAUACCGCCGUCCAAUAACUCUGCAGUGAUAGACUUCAAUUAAAGGUCCCACUGCUCACAACACUGAAGUGUUGCUAAGAAGUAAAGUUGGUCUCUUCAUACAGAGACAAUAAAAUCUUGUUGGGUUGGUAGAACUCUCUGUUUAUUUAAUUAGCAUCAUGAAGUCUCAUAUAACACUGGAGAAUGAAGGUACUGUAGUACCUUUUGUGUAAUUUUGAAUUGUAACAGUAAUUUUCCCAUCAGCUGUCUGUGAGUGUGACUAACUUAAACUUUACUUCCGCAGCCUAGGUCUCACCCGCAGCAGCCCAGGUCACUUGCUCUUCCCCUCCCCUGUGAGUUGUGGCUUGUGGUUAAGAAACAGCUAGCUCUGCUCUUUGCCUGCAUUAAAAUGAGAACACACUGACAUUCAUAGAAGGGUUUCGUUUACAAGAAAGGCAACUGAAACAUUUGCCGAGCAGUAAACACUGGCGCACAUCUCAGUGAGCACAGGGUUCAGCUAGCUGCUCGGGAUCCAGAGGACGGAUGGGCUUCCUGUACAAGAUCUCCAUUAGAGGACUGCCAUGGAAACGAUGAAGGAAGUAGUAUGCUUUGCUACUUUGCUCUUUGUGGUCUUAGUCGAAGGACAAACAUCGCAACCAGCUCAUAAUGUUCAAUGCUACAAGAAAACCACUGAUCCCGAUGAAGACUUCACAUGCACAUGGUGCCCUGUGACACCUCUGCAGGAUGCUAAUUACAGUCUUUUUUAUCAAGCACCCCAACACCGAGUGCGGCUUCUUUGCUCUACACCGAACCUCAGCUGUGACAUAGACCGCGAGGUCCUCAUCACGAAACAGAUGAUACGCAUGUGGCUGGAGGUCAAAACAGCGAACCUCACCUACAGAUCAGCCGAACUCACUGUGUAUCUCGAUAAUCAAGUUAAAUAUGAUGCUCCUGAAAUCAAAAAAAUUUCACGGUCUUCAAAAAAACUGACUUUAUGGUGGAAUAAACAGAGUGAAGAACAUAAAGGUGCAGUUCACGAGAUAGCACUAAAGCAACUGGACCAUGAGCACUGGAUACAGAAAACUUUUGAAACCAACGAUGGCCAGAAUAUACCAGAGAAAUACACUGUGCAUCUUGAACACGAUUCCGGCUACGAGGUCAUGAUCAGACGAAAGGCCAAGCAGGUGGAAGCUGAAAUCUGGAGUGACUGGAGCCAAAUAAAACAAAUUCCCACUGAACUUGACAGCCAGCCAAAGGUUAAGUGGAAAGUGCAAAAACUUAAAAAAGGGGUUCGAUUGCUAGAAUUAAUGUUGGAGGAGUAUUCCAGGGAUGCCAUCUUUGGAGGACUGAUGUACCAAAUUUCUACCAGCCCUGUGCCAUGUUGGCAUGAGGUGGACAUUGUCUACACAGAGAGCACGAAUUACAACUUAACAAUCGCUGCCUCUACCGUAAACGUAACUCUCCAUGCUAAUAACAGUGUGGGUGUCUCACCAGAGACACACAUCACCAUCCCAGCUCAGUACCUAGACAGAUGUCCAAAGAACCAGACAAAAACCAGGGCAAACAGCAGAAGGAGAGAGGAGAUGUGUAUAGUGUGGCACAGACUCACCGGAGAGACACCAAAGCCGGCCGAUGAAAAUCACAGCACAGUCAACAACACGACUCAAGCCUUCAAAAUUAUGAAUGCAGAAAUGGAAGACUUUGUGCGGUAUCACUACUUCAUAUACACUAAAUCCAAAGGAGGAAAGCUGUACACCACUGACCUGUGUCCAAUGUAUAAGAAAGAAGGGGCACCCAGAAGCUCGCCUGGAAGCCUCACUGUUCUUAAUAAAACCCACAGUUCUGCUGUACUACAGUGGGAACCCAUACCUGUGUCAGAACAGAGAGGCUUUCUCACACACUAUGUAAUCUACAUCUCGGGAUCAAACGAAACUCAAAGAGUGAAAGUUCCAGGUUCUCAAACUAAUUUCACAAUUCAAAACCUUAAACAUGGCAGCGUUUACUCCGCCCACCUUGCGGGACAGACAUCUGUGGGCGUGGGACCGAACACUACAGAGACGUUCCAGAUGAAGCCUAACCCUCCUACCCUGAACGGGCUGCCCAGUUCCAACGUCGUCAUCGUGACCUGUGCGGUUACCUUCUCUCUCCUGGCAUUCUGCAUUUUAAUUGUCAAAUAUAUCUCCGACAAGCUGCUCCCUGCUGUUCCCAGUCCCGUAAUCCCAGAAACGCCCGCCUGCCGAUCAGAGAACCAUAACGAGGUGUACCCCGUCGGGGAGGAGGUGGAUAGCCUCAUCCUCCAGCUUGACGCAUCCAGUGACGGCGGAGGGUGCGAGUCCCAGCAGCUGGAGAUGGAGGUUUGCGGGACACCUUCGUAUGAGCAGGAUGACGGCGAGAGCCGGAGCGACUCGGAAGAGCCCGAUGAGUCCAGUUUGGCUCUGAACCCUCAUUAUAAGAAGCAGAUACUUAGCGGUCCGGCUCAGCUCACCCACCAGCAGAACAGAUGUGACGCGAUACCAGCGUACAAAAACGGACUGGUCCUAGAGAUGAGGAAGAAUGCACCAGAGGAGCCAACGGAGUCGUGGCUAGCACUGGGAUAGUGUCAAGCCUGCUAAUGCAAUACUAAUAAAGGAAUUAUGCAAAGGGA